UUGAAGAAAUGGAGGCUCAGAGAAGAUAAAAAUAUUCAAUUUAGCAAGUGGCAGAUCUGGAAGUAGAAACCAGAUUUUAUGAAACCAAAGGCAUCUCUAGAGAAUUUUUUUUUUUUAUUUCAGUAAAAUUACUGCGUACCUAUUGUGGAGAGGACCACCACAUCCUUUGGUUUCACUUUUAGGUGACUGAUAAAGUAAUAGGGAGAAAUGAGGGCAGAUCAUUUUGCUACCUCUUUCUAACUGAAGAAUUCCAGUCCAUCAAUACUGUGGCUGUUAUCGGCUUUGUAAAAGACUACUAUUCCCAGCAUGCCUCAAGGCACCGCCAGGAAGACCUCGACUCCCAGCAUUCUAUACUUUGGAACUCCGAGUCCCAGAAUGCAACACUCCUCCUACUUCCUCCCAGGGGGCCGUCGAGACUACAGUUCCCAGCAUGCAGCGCCGCCACCUGCUUCUGGCGCCCCGCUGGACCCUGUUUCGAAGGGACCUUUUGGACGCCAGAGGGCGGUUCCUGGAGUUACAGCCCCGUUUGCGGGACGUGUCUGCGCGGCAGUCCUGGCCCGUUGAACUUGUCCAGACGAAGCCUCGCAGGGAUGGGUUGGGGCCUGGGCCGGGCUUCGCUCAGGCAGCGUUUGAGGCAGCCCCAGCAGGGUCCUCCUGGGGCCUUCCUCCGUUUGAACUGCGGUGGCGGGCGGGCGCACGGUCUCCUGUACGCCCUAGACUAGGGGCCGCCAUCUCCAUGGCCACGGCGUUGAGUGGGCCCUGCGCCGGCAGGUCGCGGGACAUACUGUGGCGCGUUUUGGGCUGGAGGAUAGUUGCAAGUAUUGUUUGGUCAGUGCUGCUUCUACCCAUCUGCACCACAGUAUUUAUAAUUUUCAGCAGGAUUGAUUUGUUUCAUCCUAUACAGUGGCUGUCUGAUUCUUUCAGUGACCUGUAUAGUUCCUAUGUAAUCUUUUACCUCCUGCUGCUGUCAGUGGUAAUAAUAAUAAUAAGUAUUUUCAAUGUGGAGUUCUAUGCAGUUGUGCCUUCUAUUCCUUGCUCCAGACUAGCUCUGAUAGGGAAGAUCAUUCAUCCUCAGCAACUCAUGCACUCAUUUAUUCAUGCUGCAAUGGGAAUGGUGAUGGCCUGGUGUGCUGCAGUGAUAACCCAGGGCCAGUACAGUUUUCUUGUGGUUCCCUGCCCUGGUACUAACAGCUUUGGUAGCCCUGCUGCGCAAACCUGCUUAAAUGAGUAUCAUCUUUUUUUCCUACUGGCUGGAGCAUUUAUGGGCUAUAGCUAUAGCCUCCUGUAUUUUGUUAACAACAUGAACUAUCUUCCAUUUCCCAUCAUACAGCAAUACAAGUUCUUGCGUUUUAGGAGAUCUCUGCUCUUACUAGUUAAACACAGUUGUGUGGAAUCACUGUUCCUGGUUAGAAAUUUCUGCAUUUUAUAUUAUUUUCUUGGCUAUAUUCCCAAAGCUUGGAUUAGCACUGCUAUGAACCUUCACACAGAUGAGCAGGUUCAUAGGCCACUUGACACAGUGAGUGGCCUCUUAAAUCUCUCGUUACUCUACCAUGUCUGGCUGUGUGGUGUCUUUCUCCUCACGACUUGGUAUGUCUCAUGGAUACUCUUCAAAAUCUAUGCCACAGAGGCUCAUGUGUUUCCUGUUCAACCACCAUUUGCAGAAGGGUCAGAUGAGUGCCUUCCAAAAGUGUUAAAUAGCAAUCCUCCCCCCAUCAUAAAGUAUUUAGCCUUACAGGACCUGAUGUUGCUUUCUCAGUAUUCUCCUUCACGAAGACAAGAAGUUUUUAGCCUCAGCCAACCAGGUGGACAUCCCCACAAUUGGACAGCCAUUUCAAGGGAGUGUUUGAAUCUUUUAAAUGGUAUGACUCAGAAACUGGUUCUCUAUCAAGAAGCUGCUGCUACGAAUGGGAGAGUGUCUUCAUCUUACCCAGUGGAACCUAAGAAAUUAAAUUCUCCAGAAGAAGAAACUACUUUUCAGACACCAAAAUCUAGCCAGAUGCCUCGGCCUUCAGUGCCGCCAUUAGUUAAAACAUCACUGUUUUCUUCAAAAUUAUCUACACCUGAUGUUGUGAGCCCAUUUGGGACCCCAUUUGGCUCUAGUGUAAUGAAUCGGAUGGCUGGAAUUUUUGAUGUAAACACCUGCUAUGGGUCACCGCAAAGUCCUCAGCUAAUAAGAAGGGGGCCUAGAUUGUGGACAUCAGCUUCUGAUCAGCAAAUGACUGAAUUUUCUAAUCCUUCUCCAUCUACCUCUAUUUGUGCUGAGGGUAAGACAAUGAGACAACCCAGUGUGAUUUAUUCAUGGAUUCAGAAUAAACGUGAACAGAUUAAGAAUUUCUUGUCAAAACGGGUGUUGAUAAUGUAUUUUUUCAGUAAGCACCCAGAGGCAUCCAUUCAGGCUGUUUUUUCAGAUGCCCAAAUGCAUAUUUGGGCAUUAGAAGGUCUGUCGCACUUAGUAGCAGCAUCAUUUACAGAGGAUAGGUUUGGAGUUGUCCAGACUACACUACCAGCUAUCCUUAAUACUUUGUUGACGCUGCAAGAGGCAGUUGACAAGUUCUUUAAGCUUCCUCAUGCUUCCAGUAAACCACCCCGGAUUUCAGGAAGCCUUGUGGACACUUCAUAUAAAACAUUAAGAUUUGCAUUCAGAGCAUCACUAAAAACUGCCAUCUAUCGAAUAACUACUACAUUUGGUGAACAUCUGAAUGCUGUGCAAGCAUCUGCAGAACAUCAGAAAAGACUUCAACAGUUCUUGGAGUUCAAAGAAUAGUUAAGUAAUAUAAACUGUGUUCAUUACACUGCUGAUACAACUACAGAUGGGACAGUAAAUGUUCAGCAUUCUUGGAUCAGAAGAAAACGGACUAAUUAGAUGCUUCCUUUGUCGUGGUGGUUGCUUUGAAAACUAUACUUUAAUGGGAGAAAUCAUGGUAAGAAAUUCUCAACAGCAUAACUGAAAACUGCCUUUUCUGUACCGAUUGCUUUUUGUGUGUGUGGUAUAAUAAAAUCUUUAUUCAAUUUUACAGAAGCAUUGAUGGCAGUCGAAAUGUCUGUAGCUCAUAUAACUUAAUAAUAAUAACUAAAAAACUUUUAGAACUUACUUUUGAAAAGAGGGAAGCCAGUUCUGAAAUGAGUGUAGGUUGACUUCAUAGUCUUCUUAAUUAAGAGUUUAGCUCUUUGUAAACUCACAAUACAUAAACUUUUGAAGUGUAGUUUCAUUUACUGAAGGAUAAAGAUGGUAACAAUGCAGCAAUAUUCACAAAAAAUAUUGUCUAAAGGACAUAUUUUGUUAAUCUGUUAGGUUGGGUUUUUGUUUCCAGGGACAAAUUAAAUUUGUAUGAUUACCCAAAAAAGGGUCUCAGUUUACAGAUGCUAACUCUAUAUAAAGGAAUGUGGAAAAACUCAGUUCUUAAGUUACAAGAUUAAAAAUUCACAUUUGGUCUUUAAGAAACAAUUGACUGACAUCUAUGAAUUUAUUUUGUAUCAUACUGGUAAACACAAAGUAUUAAUGUAUGGGUAUUUUCCCAGCUAGUUUUGCUUUCUUUUUCUGGAGCAAAACAUUAAGUGAUUGCAGAGUUUUUCAAGCAAGAGAAAAAGGUUUGCAAAAAAACCCAGGAAAUGUUCCCUUUUCUCCCCACCAUUCAUCUUCAUUAGAUCAAAUUCUGUGAAACUUGUCUGGUCUGUCAAAGGGAGCAGCCUCUGUAGUGUUAAAUGGCUAAUUAAAAGAGGAAGAUCUUUAUAGCCACAAACAACUUAGUCAUCAAAUAGCAAGUGAAACCAAAACAUCAGAGGGAUUACUGUACUUGGAAGUAUGUUGUGUGUCCCUAAUGUGAACGAAGUAUUGUUAGAAUUUAUUAGAUCAGCUUCUUUGAAGAUCAAAGAUUGGAAAUCCUAGUCAUAGAUAUUCACUGGACUGGCUUUGGACUGAAAUGCUCCUUGGUAAUUCUUUUCCUAUUGUCUUUUCCUUCUAGUGUCCCAAAAUAUUUUCUUUACAGCAGCACAGUACUGUAUAUGAAUCUUUAAUGUGAUAUCAUAUAUGUCUACUUUUGUCUGAUUCAUUGAUGUAUUAUAUCUUUAUAAUUGAAUAUUUUAGCUCCAGGUCCUGUUGCCCCUUCAACCAGUACAUGCCAAAAUGGGUGCUACUGGCCUUGAGCGUAUCACUGUGGGACAGUUCCCCGAUUGUCAAGUGUUUAUAUAUGUAGGCUAUUGCCAUUUGUUUUUUUGUUUUUGGUUUUGCUUUGUGUCUGAAGCUGAAUUGAUUUCUUUUUCUGAAUGUGAAAGUUGAAUUUCAAAUGUAGUCGUUUCUUACAGAUGGCCAAGACAGAAAAUUGUGGCUAGGUUGACUGAGAGCUGUUGUCUUCCAUGUAUUAACACAAUUAAGCUUUUUAUAUUCCACUCUCUGUGCUGACCCUGGCUGAGGCAUUUUGGGAGACAAGGACUCUGAAUCUUCUGCUUCCAUUAAAGAAGAACUGUGAUAUUCAACCCAUUGGAUUUCUGAGAAUAAAGAUAGGAUGAUUCUUUGAACUUUGACUUACUUGUAUAAAAUGUCCAGCUAGGUUUAGGUUUUUGCCAUUUCCUAUAUACUUUGGGUAAACCUACAUUUGAUGAGCAAUGUGAAUGUUUCUGAGAAUGUUCAUUCCUGUUUUCUCUCAAGAGAAUGUGCUGUGUACUAAAUACAGGCCUCAUAGUGUCUGCCUGUUGAAGAUCUGGAAACUGCCUCCCCAGAUCUGUAUUGUAUUUGGUAGGUAAGGGGGUCAGUUUCUUUUCUCGUUGUGUGUUGAUAAUCUACACACCAUCUGUUGGAACUAGGGUGUUAUUAUGGGGAGCUCCUCCUGUGUACUAGGAGGAGGACCUUAGGGAGGCCAAGAGGAGAGAAGCAUUUCCUUUGAUGAAGUCACAUCCUGUCUAUGAGCCCACUAGUGCUGUAACAUUGGCCUGAAGGAGAGUGUUCUUUAAAAGCCUUUCUCGGCUGUUAGUAUAAAAACAUGAUGGUAUCAGCUCUUAGCAUGUUUGCUUGACCCUUAUGGAAGGUAUAAAUCCACAGAACUUCUUUCCCAGAGAACUGGGAAAUUGUCUGAGAAAUAAACCUUGUACAGUUGAGUGGACAUGGAUAAGCAACAAUUUGUUACUUUGCAGGAUUUGUUCCUUGGUAAUUGUUUGGUGUGUCAUCCGUCUGUUUAUAUCCUUUUGUAUAUCGUUGAUACGGGAUUGGGUAGAAAAAUAAAUUGGCAAUUUUAAAAAAUGGAA